GCAUCCUUCGCAAAACCUCCUGUUUCAUUUUACAACCUUUCUUUACAAAAGUCUCUCUGUUCUGUUUUCUUCUGUUCUUCAUUUUUUCCCCUUCAUUUCUCCAGAUUUUAAUACUAAUCAGUAAUCAGUUUCUUGAAUAUUAGUGAGAUGGAGAUUCCGGUGAUCAAUAGAAUAGGCAAUUUAGAAACCGGCAUAGCCUCUCUUCAAAACCCAUCAUUUCUUUCCCAGAUUUUUGCUUCAUCUGGGGUCGAAAAAAUCCACCAAGCUUACAGUUUUUGGAAAUGGGGAGCUUUGAUUCUUGCUUUCGUCGCCUCUUUCUCGACCAUAAUUAACAGAAUCAAAAUCCUAGUUAUUCGAAUCCAAAAUCACUAUUUAAUCCCUUCCUCACCUCCGAUUAGUACGCAAGAACAUUAUGACUUCGACAGCGAUACCGACACGUCGUGUUCUUCAAUGUCGGACGACGAAGAAGAAGAAGAAGACGAGCCUAGUUUAUCAUCAUCGUCUUCUUCGCAGAGCUGGAGGUCCAUUGAUGAAGAUUUUAGAGUCAGAGGCUCCGGUCAUCAUUUCGAUAACCAGUUUCAAAAUCGUAGUUUAAGGAGACGUAGAAACAGUAGUCUUGAAGAUCUCUUUUCUUCUUGGUCCGAGUUCACAAAUGGAAAGAACGUAGUGAAGCUUUGGGAUAAUUUAGGAUUCGGAUUAGGGCUUAAUCUUGAAAAUGAGUCAACAAAUUGCGUUUCUGUUUAUGAUAUGCAUAAAGAGCAAGACGUGUUUUCCAUUUUUGGCGAGAAAUGUAAGAUUCCGGCUGUUUGUACCUCUUCUUCUUCUCCGGCGGUUAUUUUUUCCGGCGAGUCAAACACUUCUGGACAUUUAUUAAAGUUGUGGGACACUCGUCUCGGGAGUCGGCUACCAGCCAUACUAGCGGAGUGGAAGCCGAGGUUGGGAAAAUUUGUCGGAGUAAGUGCCGCAGGCAACGAGAAGGUUUAUGUCAGGGAUGACAUCACGGGACGGUUAACGGUGGGUGAUAUCAGAAAAGUCAGCUCGCCGUUAGCAAAUGCGACUGACUCUGACGUGGAUACGUGGUGGGAUGCUGACGCCGUUAUUGUCGAGGAAGAUGUGUGGUGACCUGUGACCGUUUCUGUGGACGAGUUGUGCAGUGAGCUGUGACUCGGCAUUGCGACACGGUUAGACUGACCAUGGGGUGGAAAUGGCAAAAGGGUCAAUUCAAAGAAAACUCUGUAAAUAAUUAUUUAUUUAUUAGAUAAUAAUAACAAUAAUAAUAAAUUAAUAACAAGAGAACAAUUAAAAUAAAAUAAUUGCAAAUUAAUAGUGAAUCAUUGUUUUUUUAAA